UUUUUAAUGUCCCACUAAGCUUCCUUUAAUUUUGAAAUUGAGUCAAUAUAUUUUAUCUGUAUCUUUUAUUUUAUCUCUUGUAUCUUGGGACAUCAUGUAAGUUAAUAAUGUCUUAAAUAGAUAAUUUUUAAUUUCGAGUCUGUUAUGAUAAACUGUCAUAAAAAACUGACAGACAGAUCCUAGUGUAUAUUCAAACUUUCAUUGGGCGACUGCUAAGAAUAUUUUGCGACUUUCGAUCAUAGAUGGGGCGACUUGAAUCAAAACUUUCUGGCAAGCCUGGUUAGCACGUCCGUCACUAACGUCAAACAUAUAAACACGUCAACUCGGCGCUGAGAAAAAUUUGCUUUUUAUUCUAAAAUCAUUGCAGAAAUAUAACAAAAUGGUUCAUACAGGUACUAUGGAAGGAGCUUUAUUUGAGCCAACGCUUUAUAUUGUCAAAGGAAUGUGUAUCUUAGACAAUGACGGUAAUAGAAUACUUGCAAAAUACUAUGACAAAAACAUUCUACCAACUGCCAAGGAACAGAAGGCAUUCGAAAAGAACCUUUUUAAUAAGACACACAGAGCAAACGCUGAAAUCAUUAUGUUAGACGGUCUGACCUGUGUCUACAAGAACAAUGUGGAUCUUUUCUUCUACGUCAUGGGAAGUUCGCAUGAAAAUGAGCUGAUUCUUCAGUCGGUCCUGAAUGCGCUCUAUGAAUCAGUUAGUAUUCUACUGAGAAGGAAUGUAGAGAAGAGGGUACUGUUAGAUAACUUGGAUGCUGUGAUGCUGGCCUUCGAUGAAAUCUGCGACGGAGGUGUAAUAUUAGACGCUGACCCCACAUCGAUAGUCGGACGAGCAGCCCUGCGUACUGAGGACGUACCGUUGGGAGAACAGACCGUUGUCCAGAAAAAUCUUCUGAUGGAGUUCUAAACUACUAAUCGUUCUAUACAACAUAAUGAAUAACAAUUAUUAAAAAGUCAAGAAAAUGGCAACACUAUACGUAACAAAUAGUUUAUAGAUGUUAUUAUUUUUUGUUAUUUAUCGAAUAUAUAGUUAGCUAAAUUAA